CAUACGGCAGACUAGUGGCAGCUGACAGAGAGAGAACUACAGAGAGCGAGAUCAAGCGGAAGGAAAACAUAAUAGAAAAAUAAAGAGAAAUCUAAAGGAGAGCGAGAGAAAGCCCAGGGAGAGUAAGAGAGAGAGUGAGAGAGAGUGUGUGAGAAAGAGAAAGAGCCGGCCUAUUGGAAAAAGAUGGCUACAGUCACCGCGAACGGAUUGCAGCAGGAGAAGGGAUUCAGCACCUUGAACAGCUCCGGCAGGAUGAACGGGCUGAGCUUAGGGCAGAGUACCAUUCCGAUGAAGGACCACGAUGCCAUCAAGCUGUUCAUUGGGCAAAUCCCCAGGAACCUGGAGGAGAAAGAUCUUAAACCGCUCUUUGAGGAAUUCGGCAAGAUCUAUGAGCUCACCGUGCUGAAAGAUCGGUUCACGGGGAUGCAUAAAGGAUGUGCCUUUCUAACAUAUUGUGCCAGAGAGUCGGCCCUGAAAGCUCAGAGCACCCUGCAUGAGCAGAAGACUCUUCCUGGGAUGAACAGGCCCAUCCAGGUGAAACCAGCUGACAGUGAGGGAAGAGGAGAAGACAGGAAGCUGUUUGUGGGCAUGCUGGGGAAGCAGCAGAGCGAGGAGGACGUGCGCAGACUGUUUGAGGCCUUCGGUCAGAUCGAAGAGUGCACCAUCCUGAGGGGUCCUGACGGGGCUAGCAAGGGUUGUUCCUUUGUGAAGUUCUCCUGCCACGCAGAAGCACAGACUGCCAUCAACAACCUGCAUGGAGGCCAGACCAUGCCGGGGGCCUCGUCAAGCCUGGUGGUAAAGUUUGCGGACAGUGAUAAGGAGCGCACACUGAGGAGGAUGCACCAGAUGGCCGGGCAGCUGGGAAUCUUCAGCCCCAUGACCAUCCAGUUCGGGGCCUAUGGAGCUUACACUCAGACGCAGCUAAUGCAGCAACAGGCAGCGCUGAUGGCAGCAGCACAGGGGUCCUACCUGAGCCCCAUGGCCGCGAUCGCUGCCGCACAGAUGCAGCAAAUGGCAGCUUUCAACGUCAGCGGUCUGGUGGGGGCCCCCAUGACACCCUCCUCAGGCACCAGUACCCCGCCAGGGAUCAGUGCCACUGCUGUGCCCAGCAUAGCGACGGCCAUCGGGGUGAACGGGUUCAGCGCUCUCCCACCCCAGAGCAACGGGCAGCCAGCCUCCGAGCCGAUCUACACCAAUGGGAUCCACCCCUACCCAGGUGGGCGCGGCUGGGGGCCCAGCGAGUGGUGUUUGGGGGGGGGGGACAGGGCAGCUACCAAUCAGAUCUACCCAAUCCUAGCACAAAGUCCCACUGUGGCGGACCCCCUGCAGCAGGCUUAUGCAGGCGUGCAGCACUACGCAGCAGCCUACCCAGCAGCCUACGCUCCGAUCAGCCAGGCGUUUCCACAGCAACCAGCCAUCAUUCCCCAGCAACAGAGAGAAGGGCCGGAGGGCUGCAAUCUGUUUAUCUACCACCUGCCCCAGGAGUUCGGCGAUGCGGAGCUCAUGCAGAUGUUCAUGCCGUUCGGCAACGUCAUCUCUGCCAAGGUAUUUGUGGACCGGGCCACCAACCAGAGCAAAUGCUUCGGUUUCGUCAGCUUUGAUAACCCAUCCAGCGCUCAGGCAGCCAUCCAGGCCAUGAAUGGCUUUCAGAUCGGCAUGAAGAGGCUGAAGGUGCAGCUCAAGAGGCCAAAGGAUGCCAACCGCCCAUACUGACCCCUUCAUGCUUCAACCAGGAGGAUGGGCCAUGGAGUUUACGAGUUCUAAUUUCCACAAGUGCAGUAUCAAUACAAAGACUCCUUGUUCCGCUACAUAUCAUGAAGGAAGGCGUCCCUCUAAUUUGGGUUUAGAAAGGCUGACAGAAUGGAAUGGACUGAGAUUUUUCCUAUUUUUUUUUUUUUUUGUUCGAUGACGGGAAGAUUUAAAAUUCCGCUGAGGAAUGCUGAAGCCAAGAUUUUGCUGCUUUUUAUGAAAGAUAAAAAAAUUAGAUGGAAGAUACAGACAGACACACACAUACACACACACACACACACACACACACACACACACGCUAGCCAGCUGGCUUCUUGGUUUCUGUGCCUACUCUGGAGUUUGAAGAAGCCUGGCCGCAGGGCUUGAGGGUUUGCCAGAACGAACUGCACCCAGACUGUUGAGGAGAACCCUGGGAUUAUUUACAGACAGGCACAUCAUUCCUUAGAAAAUAGGGACCAAAUGACUAAAUGCUUUUUUAAAACUCUUACCUUGUAGCUGCAAGUAUUACAAAAAAAAAAAAAAACAUUUAUAGUAGUUAAAAAAAGUGAUUGUCUCAUGAAAUCCAAGCUGGCUGAAAUUGUUUGUCCCGGUAGCCAUUUGCUGUACCAGGUAGUGUAGAAAGUAGUUUUGUUUGGCUGUGGAGAGAAAAAGUAGAUAAAAUAUAUCUUUAUCUCUGUUUUCAUUUUAGGGAUAGUUUCAUUUAGGGGUUACAGCCACUGGAUUUCUUCUUCAUCAUAAGUGUUGUACAUUUCAUAACGAUUUGAGAAGAACACAAGAAUAUAAAUAUAGAACUGCAUUUAAAAACAAUGCCUUUGCAGGGCACAGUGUGGAUGUCAGAGGCUUACAAAAGGCCUCGGUUUGAGCGACAAUCUAUCGAAGAGACCAAGCAAAAUGGACACAUUCAGUUGUUUGCAAUCAUAGUUUAAAACGACAAACAGAUUCUGAACUAUAAUUUAAAAUGGCUAUUAGAGAGCCUGACUGCUUCUGAAACUGUCAAAAGGAUGGAGGAAAUUUGUGGCCACACAAGCGAAAACAGUUUGGAUAUCUUGCAAAGAAAGGAGCAGGCUUUGGUGGCGAGUGAAGGCAGAGGAUUAUAUUGUUUUGUAUAUUUGUUCUAGUUGAUGCUGAGGGUAGGACGGGAAUCAGAGAUACUUGGGUAGAUUUUCAAACAUAUACUCUGCUUGGUUGCCAGGAGUCCCGCUGUUUGCAGGAUAGUGACCAAUAUCAAAAUUCAGUGAAAUGUGAUAUCGUUGGGUUUAGUUUGCAUCUACUACACAGAGCUAACAAAACGAUUCCUGUAAAUGUAUUGCCAUCCUUGUGUAGGCCUUACAUUGUGAGAUAUGAGACAUGCCCACAUUAUAGUUAGGUGAUUUUUUGUGGUAAUUAUGUAGUAGUGCUAUUAGUAAAGAAAGGGUAUCGAUUACUCCUGCAGAUACAUCACAUGUAGGACUGCAGUCCACAUUGAAAACAUGUCAUGUCACAGGAAGGGGGGCAAGCCAAAGCAUGAAGCUUCUGGGAGUCUUGAGAUCUGGUAAAGGAAAUGAAUGGCAAACAUUUAGAAUGUUUCCAGAAGAGUAUAAAAUAUACCCGUAUUGCUUCAAGUUUAUACUGCAUCUUAAAUUCCAGUACAGUAUAGUGAUGUCUGUAUUAAAAUCGCCAACAAGACACUACCAGAGUACACAAACAGCAACAUGACUUACUGCUGAGAAAAGACGAACCAAAACAUUACUGCCCGAUCUCGAAUCAUCCAUGACAUACAGGCAGCCAUUUUCAAAGAUGAGUCAUUCUUCCUGCGGAAUUCGAAGAGAAGCAUUUACAAUUUCAGCAUUUCUAACAAACAGUACCAACUUGGAUAGAUCAGAAAUGCUGAUCAGAACCCCAUAUUUUAUUCGACAUUACAACCAUAUAUAUGUCCGCAGUUCAGAAAUUGGGAGAAAAACAGGUGUGAUUAAUCACUACUGGAAAUGAGAAGCAGCACAAAACUCUAAUGCUCUGUGUGAUAGCAGACAGCCGCAAACUGCCUCCAUAUGCGUAAUUAAGGUUGUAUCUUUGUAAAUGCAGAUUUACUUGAUGAUUUAUUUUUUCCUCAAAUUGAGGGUGGGAAAUUUGGGCUGCGUCUUAAAUUCGAGGGCGUCUUAAACUCUAAAGAAUACGGUAUAUAUAUAUAUAUAUAUAUAUAUAUAUAUAUAUAUAUAUAUAUAUAUAUAUGUUUUUCCUUAGCACUCGGCCACCAGAAGCAGCUCAUGUUUUCAGUGUUGACUGUGUUCUCAUGACAGCAGAGGAAUGAAAAGAGUGCAAUUCAGCUAUGGGAAAAAUACAACUGAAAAUCAAAUACGCGUUUAACAUAAUGUUUCAUAUGUUACAUCUACAAAGUGAUGGAAAUACAUAUUUGGUAAGAUUAACUGGAAUUCAUUUGUGAGAACUAUGAACUUUUUAAAAAAUUAGGUCAAACAUACAUCAAAUGCGCAAAACUGAAUUUGGCCACUAUUUUAAAAUGUGCAAUUCUCUGCCCAACAUUAUACUGUUCCCUAUACUAUGUAGUAAUCUUACACAGUAAAAACAAACCAAAAAAAAUUAUCUUGGUAAACAGGCAAUGUACAGAUUGACAGCCUUUAUCAAUUGGCUUCACCAGGGGUGUUGUAGAUUUAUUAUGCAUUCAGUGAUUCAGUGCACAGGAGUUAAAACUACAGCUCCCAGGCUCCCUUUCACCCUGCAGAGGCCUUUCAUUUUCUGUUCCUGCUUCAGGCAGCAUUGAUGUCAAAAGUUUCUUACUGUCAUGAGGUAGGAGAAAGGAGCUAGCAAGAAUCUAGACAGGUGGUAUUUCGGGUGGCUACAGUACCCUAACUUUUCUCGGUUGAAAUCCUGGCUUACUCAUCUUGCAAACAGUCUCAGGAAGAAAGAAUUGAGAGGUGAGGAUUAAAAGUCAAUGCCAAUUUUCAGAGAGAACAAAUAUGAGUAUGUCUAAAUUCAUGGAGAGCAGCAUACCAUAGCUACCCAGAACAAGUACACACGACACAAUGGGAAGGGCAUUGCUAACAGGAAAACUAACUCCACUUAAAUCUAGGACUGCCAUAUAGAAUUGGGGCGGGACAGUUUGGAUUUAGUUAAAUUAUUCCUAAAAAUAUUGCUUUUCCAUGUGUGUGGAAUACUGCAGCAGUACAAAAGGAAAUGAUGAAAAAUCUGCAUAGUGUUAUGAGAGCAAUAGUAUGCAAUUCCUUUUGAAAAAGUCCUCGUAGCCCAAUCACACAUGGUCAGUGUCCUGGAGACAGCGUUGCUCAGACUGGAACACACUGUUCUAAUAGUUCUAAUACAAAAUGAGAUCUGCUGCCUCAAAGACUCGGAGCCUGCUCUUGUUCCUUGAAGGUCUCAUUCCGAGACCAAAUUAUCUGACUGUAGGUUCACUGCUUAAUGCAUUGAUACCUUUUCUGCAGACCUGCACUGACCCAUUCAUUCUAUAUAGUGCAGGGUCUCAAUGUGUUCCACAAGAGUGAUGCAAUGACAUGCUGUUUCCCAGGCAACAUGUUUUGCUGGUAGAGUGGAAGUGCGUGGAUGCCAUUCUCUUAAGCCGCUAAAAGGCAGUGUGUUGUAGCAUUAAACAGCUGUCAGAUUAGCAGAACACAAGUUUGGGCCAAUCCUACGAGCACCACUGGGGAAGUGAGCCACUGGUAGUACUCAGCGUUGCAUUGGUGGAAAACGAAUGAUAAAGUGAAAUCAUUGCCGGAUUUUGUGGUUUCAUUUGAACAAAAGGGCUGGUGUCUGUGGCCCCAUAGCCAGUGAACUCCUCUCAUGUACAUUUCUAAAGAACGAUGGGCAGUUCAGUGAAAGAAUAAGAAAUGUGUGACAUUGCCUUGCUUUAUGCACUGCAGUAACUAAUAUUCACUCAAAUCAUCCGAGGUGCCAUUUAUUAAAAGAUAUAUCUUCAUAAAUAAUUAUCAGAGAAAAAAAGAGCUUUUAAAUGAUGAAAAAAACUAAGAUUUUUCAUGCUGUUGAAACAGAGACAGGGUGAGGGUGCUGUGAAGAGGAUUAGCCAGGAAUUCAUUUGAAAUCUUUCCACACUAAGACAGUGGUGACAACCCCAACAUGGAGCUUCAGUUGCCUUUAUCCAGAGACAGAAUCCCUGUGUAGAUUAGAGGCUGUGUAAACUGGAGGAGAUUUAAACAGGUCUGUGUUUGGCACAAUUUCUAAUGCAACCACACUGCCAAAAGCGAAUGCCUUUUUUCUUUUUGUGAGUCAAAUCAUUAGAUCCCAGGUCAUAAGCAGCACUUGUUAUUAAAUGUUACUUAUGAAAUGUCAUUCCCUUUAUAUAGACAGCUGAAAACCCAAUGGUGAUGUAGUCUUUCAUGGACUACAUCCUGAAAAGCUUGUAUCAAUCAGAAUGACCACUUCUCAGCUGCACCGAGGCAUUGUGGGAACUGUAGUUUACCACAGAAUUCUGGGGGGUUAUGGAUUUGUAAUUCAGAACAAUUUCCUACACAAUUAAGAACUUUUGUUUUAUUUAUAUAUUUAUUUAUUUAUUGUAUGUUGAUAUUUGCAGGAUAGACUUGAAUGGCAGCAUCUGAUUUCUUUUUUCUUUGUUUUCAAACACAAGCAUUCAAAAUGAGCAUCUACAGUGUGUGCUGAAAGGGCUGUUGGUAAAGAUCAGAGGGCAAUAGACAGUAUAUGUAUGUAUAUAUAUAUAUAUAUAUAUAUAUAUAUAUAUAUAUAUAUAUAUAUAUAUAUAUAUAUAUAUUAUCUGUUAACAGAGGUGCGUUCAACUAGGUGCACUUUCACAAGGAACUGUGUUAGCUUUGAACAAGGCUAGUUGAAUGGUUUACUGAACAUUCCACGAACAUUUGCAGCACAUCCUAAAAUCCGAAAGCAAAACGGCCGGAUUAGCUAGUUUAAAAUUGGAAUUCAUCUUUUUUUUCUUUCUAAGUAAACAGACCCUUAUCCUCAUCAUCAUCAUCAUCAUCAUCAUCAUCAUCAUCAUCAUCAUCCAUAUUUUAUCAAUUUAAUUGAAAAAUACCAAUAUUUUAUAAAUAAGUCACAUUAUAAUAUUAAACAUACCUGAAGUAACUCUUUCGGCUUAUUUGUUUGUCAUAUAAAUUGACAAAACUUGUCCAUCCCCCAGAGUCAAAGAAAUGUUCUCCCAGCCUGUCGCCAUUAUUGUUUUACACAAACUACCUCUUCAGAGUGUUCACCUCAGUUAGCAAACAGUUGAGGUGAACAGACCGCCAACAGAAAACAGUUUAAAACAGUUUUGUUUGCAAGCAUUCCCGACCGUUCUCUUAGUUGAACGCACCUCUGGACUGCACUUCCUUUAGCCACAGAGGUCUGAAAUGUGCAGCUUUGAUAGAAACUCGUGUUAUAGCAAACAUGCAUCUUCAUUUUAAACAGACACCUAGUGCUACACUAGAUUAAAGAACAUUCCCCGUCUGCUGGACUUACCUUCCAGGAAGUCUGGUCCUGCUUCACUGUCUUCUUCAUUUCAUCCCAGCAUGUUACUGACUGAAGCAUGUCAGUCAUUAGGGGUUGGUUAUGGACAGGAAAUAAGCCUGGGAAGGGGACGGGACAAUUUCACCAUCCAGGUGAAGACCCAGGAAGUGCAGGACAGUAUAAAAGCAUGGGUUGCAAACAGACAUUUCUUUAAUGGAGUGUUGUAUCAUGUUUUAAAAUGAAAAUACAGUUUGGGGUUUUUUUUUUAGACCUACCGUUAUAACUAAGGUUCAUGGCGGAGACAAAUGAUGGAACUGUGGAACUAUGUUUUAGCUGCUGUGCACAUGUACAAUUACUUUAAAUGUUUUCUUAUUUGUAAUUGUUUAUCCUUUCAGGGGGAAAGAAAAGUCCUGUAUAUUGCGGCCCUGGGGGUUGAUAUGAUUUUAGCAUACCACUUUCAACCACACUCGAAAAUCCUUAACAGCCAAAAGAUUUGCCAGUAAAACGUGUAAUACAAUACAAUUAAGAGCCUGUAUUUUAAACCAAUGUAAAUCUUUCCCAGGCCAUCCAGUACUAGAAAGGUGUAAAGACUGGGAAAUGUUGUACAUGUUCUCCAACAGACAGCAGGCAACAAGAACUAGAGUCCUUGAAUUGAAGAAUUUCAUAUUUAAAUCUAUUGAAGAUACUGUAUUAUAAAGACUUGUGUAUAUAUCUUUAAGCUCUCUUCUGCCAGUGUCCAUCACCCUGCCUCUGCUUUUCAGGUUAUGCCAACUAGCUGCAGUACUUGUAUAUAUAAUAUAGCUUAUUUUUUAAUUCUGUUAUCAACCUUCUUUAUAGACCAUACAAAAAAGAAAUAAUCAUAUAUUUCAAUGAGUUCAUGAGAAUUAGGAGACUAUGAAAUAACUGAUCAGAAACAAUAACAGAGAUUCUGUUGUAUGUAUAUUAAUACGCUGAUGUUUAAAUUAUUCAAUAUGUAUGGAUUUCUUAUUUUUCACAUGUGGAUUUUUGUUUCAUACGAAGCUGGGAUAGCUGGGAAUUACAAAUGCCUAAUGAACAUAGGGAAUUGGUGGCAGGGGGGUGCUCUAUGACAAACAUCUCCACAAUGCAAAGCAACAGCCAUGGGCUGUUGCUUUGGCGACUUGAAGUCAAGGGCCUUCUGUACUGGUGAGUCAGCACUGAGUUCCAAUGCUGUGUUUAGGAUUGUUUGGUUUGCGCAGUUAAGCUCAAAGUCACACUGAUCUCUAGGGUAGGGAGUCUCGGUAUAGUCCUGCCGCAGUUUGAAGUUACAAUCGCAACAAAUUAAAUCUAUUCACCAUCAGAAUCACAGGAUCCAUUUGCCUUUCAAUUAAAAUUCAAAAUGCUAUUUCUCUGUUUUAGAAACUAUUCAGUCAACUUUCAAGAAUAGGAGGACAUGGCCUAAACAACCCACUGCAUUGGCAAAUUCUCUGGCACUACAGUUCUGUAAGCCCUAACUGAAAACACAUACGCCAUGCCUUAGGAUAAUGUUGCCAUAGAACAGAAGGAACCAAUGUGUUUUUUGAUUGAGUGCGUAGGAUAAAGACGACCGAUAGCAGCUUUUAUAAAGUACCACAUUACAGAACAAGCAACUGCUGUGUUGCACACAGUUAUCAGUUUUUUGCUAUUCGGUGCUUUUUUAAAAAGCUGCUAUAAUUAAAGUGUAAUCCUAGGGCAUGAGUCAGAAAAUGGCUGCAUUCAUUGCAUUAAUGCCUUGCACUUCAUUGUAUUCAGUGUGGACUCAUUUCUACAAAAAAUAGAAACUCUAAAUCUACCUAUUAUACCCGGCUGCUGAUAUUCAUCAUGUUACUUUAUCGGCAUUUGUGUUUAAUCCACAACAAAGACUACAUUGGCUUUUUCAAUUUCACAUUGACUUUAUACCAGAUAAUCUUUUACAAGACUGUGCCCAUUCAGCUUGUGAAAGAACCCUGUUGGUGUUCAUAAUGCUGAUAUUAUCAGCACAUAGUGCACUAUAAGAAUCUGAUGAUGCAUUGCAAUAAUAUAAUAAUAUGGUUCAGUGGAGUAGUGUUCCCCAUUACACAGUGCAUCAGGUUUUCAUAUUAUAGGAACUGGGACUUCAUCUGAACCUCAUUGGCUGGAAUUAUUCAAAAGGGUCCCUUUUUAUCUGUAAGAUGUCGUGAGUGCUGACUCCCCUCCAAGGCUGCUCCUGUACGAUUCAUGUGCUCUGUAUAUUGCACUAAUUACCGUAGGGCUAUAGUCUGUACAACAGCGGCAGAGCCCUGCUGUGUGAUUAUAGAUAGGCUCCCCUCAGCACAACCACAUGCAGUAAGAAUCUCAAGUCAAUUCACCUCCUGUGCCUCACAGCUUACCCACUGCCAUUCAACAUGAUGUGCAGUAAGAACGCUCAGCCUUUGGGCAAGCAAUGUGCAGUAAGAACACUCAGCCUUCAUGGGUAAGCAAUGUGCAGUAAAACAACACUUUAAAAACGUGGAUCCAGCAUGAUGUAACUCAUCUGCUUUUGAUUUAGAAAUAAAAACUAUUGGAAACUAAAAUGGAAUGACUGUGUUAACCAGUUAAACAAGCUGUUUUUUAAAUACCCAUAAUCCUGCAGUAUUACUUUGUUACAAGGAAUGAUGUGCUUCUUCAGUAGUAAGGCCACAUUGUGUUGGUCUCUUGACUGACCUUGAUAUCGAGCUUUCAUUGGCUUUAAAAACAGAACCAGCUUUGCUUUGUCUGUGAUGGUGCCCAGUCAGUCACUGCAAAUAUGUUACUUUGAAAAAUACACAAGAAGCAACCAGUGCAUAUCAAGGGUAGGGAUAAACACCCUUUAAUUAAAAUGCAAUAUAUUUAACACAACUUGUCCAAUCAUUAAAGUUUAAAAUAAUUAAUGUGAAACCAAUCCCAAAUUAAUGCCAUUUUAUAAGAAUUAUUGGUAAUUUUCUUGUAAGUACAAUAAUUAUGGAUAUACUUGUUUGAAGUUAGAUAACAUAAAGCUUGCAAAAAGAAUGAUGCCUAAACUUGAAUUCCAUCAUCAAUCUGGAAUCCUGAAUAGAUGUUUCAGUGAUUGUUGGAACAUUGAAUUCCAUCAUCAAUCUGGAAUCCUGAAUAGAUGUUUCAGUGAUUGUUGGAACAUUGAAUUCCAUCAUCAAUCUGGAAUCCUGAAUAGAUGUUUCAGUGAUUGCUGGAACAUUGAAUUCCAUCAUCAGUCUGGAAUCCUGAAUAGAUGUUUCGGUGAUUGUUGGAACAUUGAAUUCCAUCAUCAAUCUGGAAUCCUGAAUAGAUGUUUCAGUGAUUGCUGGAACAUUGAAUUCCAUCAUCAAUCUGGAAUCCUGAAUAGAUGUUUCGGUGAUUGUUGGAACAUUGAAUUCCAUCAUCAAUCUGGAAUCCUGAAUAGAUGUUUCAGUGAUUGCUGGAACAUUGAAUUCCAUCAUCAAUGUUUCAGUGCUUGUUGGAACAUUGAAUUCCAUCAUUAAUCUGGAAUCCUGAAUAGAUUUUUCAGUGAUUGCUGGAACAUUGAAUUCCAUCAUCAAUCUGGAAUCCUGAAUAGAUGUUUUGGUGAUUGUUGGAACAUUGAAUUCCAUCAUCAAUCUGGAAUCCUGAAUAGAUGUUUAGUUUAUUGCUGGAACAUUCCCAACUGUCACUAGUUUCCAUGGAGGAGUCAAGCACUGCAGUAUGUACCUUCUUAUAGCAGUUAACAGGGCUGGAAGAUAUAGAAAAUUCUGUUCCGAUGGUACCUGUGAAAUAGACAUGACAACAAAGAGCAACGCCUGGCUGUAUUACAGAUCAGGGCAGGCAUGUAAACUUGGAACCUGUGAUCUACUGGUAAUGGCUGGGUAACAGUGUGUCCAUUUAAAAGCCCCAACAUGAUGGAUUAACAAUUCUGGAGAGAUUAUUUUUAGUGAACUAAAAACAAAUAAUUGUAGUUAAACUGUGAUACAUUUUGAGAAAGCCAUAUCGGAAUAUUACAAGGUUUGUAUUGUAGCUAACAAAAUAGUUUAAUAAAUUAUGUUUUCUAUGUGGGUCUCAAAUGUGCAGUUUUGAAAGAAACACAUGAAAGUAAGCAUUUGUAUAUUUGUUAGCAAGCUGUGCUUUCAGAUAGUGCUGCACUUCCUUGGUCACAUGGAGGGUGAAAUUGUCUCCACUGCUUCAGCGGCUUCUUUACUGUUUUUAAGCAACCAGCUGCUUGCCUGAUUGACUGCCGUGCUUGUCAGCCAGUAACACGCUUUACUUGGAAGACCAUGCUGAGGUGAAAUGACCAAGGAAGUGCAGAUGUAACACAUUUCCAGAGAAUAAGCAACUGAGAAUGGUUUUAAAUGAAGACACUUGACUAUAAUAUGCGCUUCUUUUAAAUCAGCACAGACCUAUAUAGCUAAUGGAAGCGCAAACCAGGUAAGAUUUAUGGAGUUGUUUUGUUAGCUGCAAUCUCUUUAAAAUAAGCCCCUCCACGUCUGUAAGUUCUGCACAUUUCUUGCUUUAGUUUGCACUAUGAUUAAAUGAUUAGUAAAAAUAUACCCAGGGUUCCAAUUGUUUCCAUGGUGAUAGUGUAUCAGUGACAAGGUUCUGUCAGGUUGCUGCGUGGGUAAACAGGUGAAAUGUCUGAAGCGCAUGAUGAGGUCAACAGGAAGUCAGGGGGAGUAGAUCCCAGCUUCUUUUUAACCAGGUGUGAAACUGUCUUUAUUGCCUUGUUUUUUGUUUAUUUAUUUAUUUAUUUAUUUGGAUAAUUAUUUAUAAAAUGUCUAUUUAUUUCUGGGAAAAGAUUCUUCAUUUUUUUAAUAUUUUCAUUUCUCAAACAUAACUGUAAUUUGAACUAGAGUUGGUAGCCUGUUUUGCAAAAUGAUUUGAAGAGAUUUCCUGUAGUGUUCCUAAACUCUGUAAUUCUCUAGUAAAUGAUAUUCUGUUUAGACUAAAAUAAAGCACAGUCCUAUAGAACACUGAA